AUGAUCAUCGACGGUAUUUCGAGCGAUGAUUACUCUCCGAUGAUCGAGGCGGAUCCGUGGGAUUUGGAUCAGCUGCUCAGUGGGGAGCAGGUAAGGGAAACGUUCCAGCUCAUCUUUGGAGGCCUCUAUCUCGACAACUAUUGUCUAUUUCAAAAAGUGGCCAACUGAAAAGUUGUGGCAAAUUUUAUGCUGAACAACUUUAUAAUUGACAAUUUUUCUUCAAAGUGUUUAGUUUUCAAGUUACACGUCUAUUUCUAAAGAAUAUUAUUAAGAACUUCAACCUGUCUUCGGAACCUUAUAUCUCAAGUUCUAUUGUUAAUUUCAAAAAGUGGUCAACUAGAAAGUUGUUGGAAAUUUCAUGCUUAACAACUUUGUAGUUGAUUGUUUUAUCUGAAACUGCUUAGUUUUCAUGUUAUAAGUAAAUGUUUGAAUGGUAUUCAUAGAAUUGAUAGAAAAAACACAACAUGUCCAACUUUUAGGAUUUUUCGACAAAAAAAGAUGUACUACAACUAACAGGACCAAAAGUACGUACAUUCAUACAUUUCUGUCACAGCUGACUCUCUUCUCCUCCUUGAUCCCGGUCAAUUUUGCAAAUUUGUGCCUGCCUCGAAAUGAGUCCCUCUGCCGAAAGGGAUUAAUUUGGAAAUGGAGAGUCGUCUCUCUCGCGGACCCAUCAAAUAAACUUUCGGGUCCAAAAGAGUAUCCGGAGACGCAGACGGUCCCUGACAGCUCUUGAUGGCUCCGCACCGCUUCGGAAACCGGCUCUUCUAGAUUUAUUUCUUCAGUUUUUGUAAGUUUUUGCAUUUGAAUUGAACUUUGGGGCGCUAGGGCAAAUGGAGAAGACCGAAGGGACCAAAGAGCAAAAGUUUAUGGAUAUUGUAGGUUCAAGAAAUGUCGGUUCAUCGAAUUGCGCCCUCAACGAUCUCAUUUGGAACAUGUGUUCAGAAAUUGACUUAUAACUUGAAAACUAGACAUUUUGAAAGAAAAUUGUCAAUUACAAAGUUGUUCAACACAAAAUUUGCAACACUUUUUCAGUUGACCACUAUUCGAAACAUACAAUAGUUGUCAAGAUAUAAGCCCCCAAAGCCAUGUGAAAGCAAAUGGAAAACGCGCGAAACGUUCAUUUUCUCCUUUCCCGUUUUUUGCGCCAUUUUUCCACAUUUUCUAUGUAUCUAAAGUUUGGCGAGAGUCCAUUGUGAAUAAUCGACUUCCUUUUCCUCAAAAUCCUUUGGGACCAUUUUCGAAACAAAAACGUCCACUUGUGUCGAGAAUGAUGAUGAUCCGAGUUUCGACACUUUCUCGGCACCGCGAGGACGACGACGACGACGCGUGCAAAAACAGCUGAAAACGACGAGGAUGCAUGUGAGUUUCGCCCUCCCGAUUACCGGUUUAUUGAAUCAAACGCACGCCUCGGCCCGCGGCAAAAAUGUUUUUGUUUGUUUGUCCAAAUUGAGUUUGCACACAUCCUUUGCCCCCUUCUGCCGGAAAUCUGUCCGCCCGUUUAGACACUGGUCACUUUGGUCUCCUCUAUCCAUAUUAUAGUUUUUCUGAAGUUUGACGUUGAAACCUAGAAAAAUUGCAGCCUUGAAAACGGAAUUGAAUGAGUAUUGUAGAGUUUUUGUGCGACGACGUUGCACUAGUUAAUCGACUCUGAAACUUCAGAAAGCUACAACGGUACUCGGGUGAUUUUCGGCGAGUUGUCGCAAGAAUCGGCAUCCGUGCCGUUUUCUGCGGCAAAUUGCUGUAAGGGUGCCGAUUCCGUGCUCGCUACGUGCUCAACCCCAAAAACCUUGCUUCCCUAACAUCCGACGUGUUCCUGUUGCUCGCCCUGACCAUGCUGAUGCCAUGCCGGACCCGUGCGUGACACAUGCUCACCAGUGUUGAGCGGAAUUCCGUCUUCCGUCUUCCGUCUUCCGUGGAUUUUUUGUUCCGUCUUCCGUCUGCCGUCUUCCAGGAGAAAAAUUUUCUUCCGUCUUCCGUUUUCCGUGUUCCGAAAAAAAAAAGUUUUCCGUCUUGCCCAAAAAAAAUUUUCUUCCGUCUUCCGUCUUCCGGAUUUCAAAAUUCCAUUUGCGCUCAACUCUGAUGCUCACUCCGUGCUACCGUAGCAACUUGCUGUUCACUUGCCGCUCGCGCGCCCCACCCUUGCCGGAAGUCGCCUGAGGUAGUAGUGUGCGUAGACGUUCACAGGCUACCACUUUUUACGCAUUGAUAGCAGUGUUGAGCGGAAUUCCGUCUGCCGUCUUCCGUCUUCCGUCUUCCGUGGUUUUUUUUGUUCCGUCUUCCGUCUGCCAUCUUCCGUGAGAAAAGUUUUCUUCCGUCUUCCGUCUGCCGUCUUCCGUAAAAGAAUGUUUCUUCCGUCUGCCGUCUGCCGUCUUCCGGGAUUUUUUUUCUUACCGUAAAAGAGUAAUAGCUUUUCAAAAGCCAUUUACUAGUCCCGAAGAACGCGAAUUUCCACGGGCAGUACCCAGAUCCAAAAGUUUUGUUGCAUUAGUUAUUUUUUUUCAAAAACCGGAAAAAAAGGCUCUGAAUUGACGAUUUUUUUGUUCCGUAUUCCGUCUGCCGUCUUCCGGGAAAAAAGUUUUCUUCCGUCUUCCGUCUGCCAUCUUCCGUGAGAAAAAUUUUCUUCCGUCUUCCGUUUUCCGUGUUCCGUAAGAAAAAUUUUCUUCCGUCUGCCGUCUGCCGUCUUCCGUAUUUCAAAAUUCCACUUCCGCUCAACUCUGAUUGAUAGCCAAGAGGGCCUAAAUUUCCCAAACUAGACGCGAAUUCCAAAUUUGAAGGCAUUGGGUCUCGCCACGAAAGUCCCUUUAAAGCCUACCGUACUCCCAGAUGAGGCAACUUUAGUGCCUUCCCCCCAUAGAAAGUGAACUGAACACAAAAAAACGGGGGAGCCUUUCGCCCCGUUUUGCCCCCCUAAAAGUCCCUCGAGAUGAUUCGUUUCUGUUCUUUCCCGCUUUUCAAACCGAAAAUUCAUCAAACCGCCCUCUCCGGGGUGUUGUUAUCGUCGGGCGAUGGAUGCGAAAACUCAUUUUGUGCUGCCAAUUCGCACCAACUUUUAUGACCUUUUUCGCUUUCGUUUUCGCUUUCGCUUUCGCUUUCGCAUUCGUCCGCAAGUUGUCGUAGGGUCGUGUGCAUUCACACUAUAGUAGCCAGACCGAUCAAGUGUUGAUGAGUUUCGUCCUUCUUCUCUGCUCCUAAUCCGAUUAUUCAGAUGCCAUUUGUGACUUCGCACCUACCGUAUACGCCCGGAAGGGUCGGACUGUUCGUACACCCGAAAAAGCAGCGAAGAGGAGCGGCGAUGCAGGAUUUGAAUGAAAAUGAUGUGUGAUUUAUGAAUAAUACAAUAUUGCUAUGACACAAUAUCUAGAAGACUAAUCGAAAAAGCAAAAAAACGUCGUCGCCAAGUACCCGAAUCCAAUCCGUUCGAUUUCAGAUCACGCAACGGCCGAUGGCGACGUGGAAGAGCUACGCACGCAUAAUCCUCGCGCACGUCAGUCUCAUCGUCCUUUCCGUCGUCUACGUCGGCGUCGGAGCCUUCCUUUUCUAUCAGUUGGAGCAGCCGAACGAAGUGGAAGUGCGGGCGCGCAACAUCGAACGCUUCAACGUGCACAAACGACAGAUGAUCGAGCACUUGUGGGAGAUGCGCACCAGUGGUGUCGGACAGCGUGAGUUCUCAAAAAGUGUCAAAAAUCAUGACUCAUUUCGUAGAAAAUGACACGAAAAUCAUCUCUAGACUACUGGGAAAAUGGCAAUGUUAGUACAAAGCGACGUAUCUCAACGGCGGGUGGAGAUAUCGAAAAGUUGUCAACUAAUGAAUUGUUCAUUAAAGGUGGUGUCCAACGUGACAUACAACAUAUUUUUAAAAUAAACUUCGAAGUGGGGCAUUCAUUUUCCCAAAGUCCCGAAUUACAAAAAAAAUUCCCCGAUUUUUAAGAUUUUUUUCAAAAAAGUUAAUGGUACCGAGAGAAGUACACGGCGAAAUGGAAGAGCCGGCCUAGAUUUUUCAAGUCCCCGGAUGGAAUUCCCUUUUCUUCCGACUUUUUUCCGUUUUCAUGCAAUUUUCUUAAAUUUUCAAUCGUUUUUCCACUGAACACACUUAUUUGCAAUAUUUUAAAAAAUUUAUAAUUUUAUCUGUGCCGUGACGCCAAAAAAAUCGAUAAUCUGAAACUUUUUUUUGUUGUUUUCCCGGGUUUUUCGCUCAAUCUUCGGUUUGCGCGCUGAAAAAUAAAUAGAGUUUUACAAAAAGUGACUGAAUUUCUGAAUUUUGCUGAAUUUUGAAAGUUCCAGAUUAUCGAUUUUUUUGGCGUCACGGCACAGAUAAAAUCAUAAAUUUUUUUAAAUAUUGCAAAUAUGUGUGCUCAGUGAAAAAACGAUUGAAAAUUUAAGAAAAUUGCACGAAAACAGAAAAAAUCGAAAAAAAGGGGAAUUCCAUCCGGGGACUAGAAAAAUCUAGGCCGGCUCUUCCAUUUCGCCGUGUACUUCUCUCGGUACCAUUAACUUUUUUGAAAAAAAUCUUAAAAAUCGGGGAAUUUUUUUCGUAAUUCGGGACUUCGGGAAAGUGAAUGCCCCACUUCGAAGUUUAUUUUAAAAAUAUGUUGUAUGUCACGUUGGACUCCACCUUUAAGAAUUUUUCUACAUUUGUUCAAUUGACAACUUUUCGAUAUCUUCUUAGACAGCUGAGAUAUAUAGCAUUUUGUGGAAGCUUUGUUGGAAUUCAAAUAGUUUAGGUUGAAAACUCAGCCAACUCUUUGAUUUCAGAUGUCGUCGAAGAUAUGGCGGUGAAGUACGUGGACAAUGUCACCAGAAUUCUGUUCGAAGCGUUCGAUACGCAUUGCAUUGGCGCCAAGCACCUGAGACCCGGCGGAGAGGACGAAGAUGUGGGUCUCCGACGCUUGCUCUCCCAAUUUUCCGAGUUUUCAGUACAAUUGGACGUACAUGACCGCUCUCUUCUUCACUACGACCCUUUUGACGACGAUCGGAUACGGUAACCUGACGCCGGUGACGGGAAGAGGCAAGUUCCUGUGCAUCCUGUACGCACUGUUCGGCGUGCCGCUCAUUUUGAUCACUGUCGCCGACAUUGGAAAGUUUUUGUCCGAGAAUAUUGUGCAAUUGUACACCUGGUACCGCAAAUUGAGGGAUAAAUGUUCGAAGAAGCAAAAGUACAGUGUCAUUUCGAACAAGGACGACAGAAAUAAAGAGGGAGAGCUGAACUUGGUAGGUCACUGUGAAUAUUGUCCAUUCAAGACGAUGCAUCUCGGCUGUCUUUAGAGAUACGGAAAAGUUGUCAACUAAUAAAAUGUAGCAUUUUUCUUACUGAACAUUUUAUUAGUUGACAACUUUUUGAUAUCUCCAACCGCAACUGAGAUACAUUGUUUUGAAUUACCACAACUUGUUGACGUUCAGGACCAUCUGGAAAACUACAUCUCGAUCCCGAUCUUUCUGAUCGUCACGAUCCUCCUGAGCUACAUAACCCUGGGCGCGGUGAUUCUUUCAAUGUGGGAGGGCUGGGACUUCUUCUCCGGCUUCUACUUCAGCUUCAUCACAAUGACUACUGUCGGCUUCGGAGAUAUUGUGCCAUUGAAGAGAGAAUAUUACAUUCUGGACCUUUGUUACAUUAUAAUUGGAUUAUCUAUCACGUAAGUCUUUUGUUUUUUCGGCCGUAUUCCAUUGAAUUUCGGUUCAGGACCAUGUGCAUCGACCUUGUGGGCAUUCAGUACAUCCGGAAGAUGCACUACUUCGGUAGGGCUAUCAAGGUACGCGUUUUGUACAAUUUAUACGCAUUUUCCGUGCUCUACAACUUUGUAUUCGAUCAUUUUCCCUCCAUAUUGUCUGCGUUGCCAAUAAAUCGAUAAUAUCACAGCUCCCUAGACGUGAUUCGUGAAAAUGAUCAACUGCAAAGGUGUAGAGCAUAAAAUUAUCCAUAGAUUUGUAUACUAACCGCCCCCUAGAAACCCAGUUUAGGACGCCCGUUUCGCGCUGGUAAACGUGGGCGGAAAGAUGGUGCAUGUGCCGGAUCUGAUGAGAUAUGCGAGUGUGCUACAGCAAAAGUACGGUCAGAAGAAGGCGCACGAGACGAUUAUAGUGAAAGGCGCGUAUGCUCCGAAGGAUUUGAGCAAGAUCAGGUGCGACUACGCUCGGCGGCCACCUACCGUACUCAAUUCGACAACGUUUCAGGUUCAUCGACUUUGGCGCGCUGGCCUCGAUGGAAAGUUGGCAGUCGCUGUGGUCGAUAAUCACCGGCCGAACUCAGGAAGUUCAAGUGUGA